CAGCCUGCAGGAGGAACACUUGGCUUCAGCCUGCAGAGCUCCAGCAGCACGAGCUUCGUGUUGGCAUUGGGGAAUAACUGAUGACAGGGGCAGGCUACCACUCCUCUCAGCUCUGUUUUUCGCUCUUCAUGAGCCUGCAGUGGGCCUGCCAGCAGGGAGGGCUGACACAAAGUCCCCGACUGUCAUCCUGUCCCCUCCAGCCCGCUCACAAGGAAGCACCAAGUGAGGCAUUGACAGCACCGCUCGGCACUCCUGGAUUCAGCCCCAUUCUCUUCCCCUCUCCCCAGGUGGCAGCUCUCAGGUUUCAGCCUCCCAAAGCCUGGGCUGAGGAACUCCUGGCUGGAAUUACUUCUGGCAUGAUGGACCAUCUCUUCUAGAUGCAAGCUUGUUUUAAUUUGGGUUUCCAGGCGUGCCAGGAGUUGUAAUCAUGUACAGUCUGCAUAUAACCAGGAGGCAGAGCUGCAGGAGCAAGGUCCUCAUUUGAAGUGGAGGAUGGAGGCGAGGAACAGCACCAGCAAUGCUGUCUCCACAGACAGGAGGGCUGCAGCGUGCUUCACAGCUCCACACAGGACCUUCUGCAUCAUCUUGGCCAUUGUCUUGCUUUGUGCCAUUGGCAUCAGCGUCCUGGGGGUUCUCAUCUUCUCCCCCAGCUCGGCUGAGGCUGGCUCGCAGCUCAUCCGGCUGACACUUCAGGGCCAGCAGGACCUGCCGAGAAAUCAGACAGCUUUGGUGGACAAGUCCAGGAGCACCGUGACCUACUACAUAACCUCACAGAGCAACCACACCGCUGUGGUGCUGUAUGACGGCAGGAACGGCUACGUGUGCUACAAGCCCGUGGAGCAGGAUGUGUGCUACCUGAAGAGGAUGGACUCCUGGGACCGCCAAGCCCUACAGACACCCCUCCAGACGUCUGAGCAGAGAGCUGAUCAGCUGCUACAUCUGAAUAACCAGACCAAGCACUAUCAGGAGUUCCUGGGUGUUCUGGCAGAGGGAGAGGUGGACCCCAGGGGCCUGGGGGAGGCUGUGCAGACCCUGUGUGAGCAGACACCCAUCUUCUGGGUCAGGAGAACCGAGGGGCCAGGGAAGCAGCGCCUGAUCUACCUUUGCAUUGACAUCUGCUUCCCAAGCAACGUUUGUGUGUCCAUCUGCUUCUAUUACCUCCCCGAGUAAGCCCUGCAGCCGCGGAUUCCCUCUCUACAUACUUGAACUGGAUUCCUAGGAAGCCUCUGAUCCCAACAAGGAAGGUAACAGCCCUGCCAGCCCCCAGAGCUUCCUGAUCUCAUGCUGCUGGUAAGGACCGUUUAGGGAACGACCAUGACUCUGCAGCACUGUCAGCACAGACACUUUAUUUGCAGCUGUGCUCAGGGCUGCACCAUGUAUGUAGGAAUUAGGAGAUCCAGGCCAAGAGGCA